CGAUGUAUUCCUGGAUCCUGUUGUAUCAAUCAGCAUGUGCGUUGUGCCCCAUUUACCGAGCCAUUACUCCAAUCUCAGACUUGCCAGUCUAAGCGUUCAGACUAAGCAUCCGACAGCAUCGAGCUUCACGCUGGGAAAGACACAGGAUCCUUACAGCGCGCGUAGACUUUCGUAUCUCCGCAUCCCCAGCUGCGAAGCCGGCACAGCGGCUCGGACAACCGUCCGAAAAGACGCGCCAGCUUGAAGCCAACACGACUAGAGUCAUCAUUGAGUCGAAAGGAUUCGACGGCAUCUGGGCUUUUCG